AUGUCUAGGCGCGUUACGCGAUCGACGACAAGACUUGAUAGAAACUCAUUGACGCUUCCUGUUGAGGUCGUUAUAGAUAUAUUCUUGAGGUUGCCGUUGAAGUCUAUAGCGACAUGCCGUUGCGUAUGCAAGCUCUGGUCCUCCGUGCUCCGCAGCCAAGACUUCACAGACUCCUUCUUGACCAAAUCUUGCGCUCGCCCUCAGCUUCUUUUCGCAUGCUCUGAUUACCGCCACGAGAUACACUUUCUCUCGUCGCCUCAGCCUGAAAAUCCGGAAGACAACUCGCAUGUUGUAGCCUCCAAUCACCUCGCGCGUUUCCCAACUUCCUAUGGCUUAUUUGGUUGUACCAAUGGCUUCUUCUGUUAUGGAGCUAACCAGGGCAAGAACAAAGCAGUGAUUGUCACGGUGGUAUGUAACCCCAGCACAGGACAGUCCUUGACCUUACCAAGAUUGAACUCAAAAGAGAGGUAUAGAGUGGAAAACUAUCUUGGAUACGACCCCGUUGCGAAAGUGUUCAAGGUAUUAUCUGUGUUUGAUGGUACGGAGCACCAUGUUCUGACAUUAGGAACCAAGAAACUGUCGUGGAGGGUGGUCGAAUGUAGCAUACCGCAUUACUCUUCUCGUAAGGGGAUAUGCAUCAGUGGCGUUUUGUACUAUAUAGCUGCAGAACCUAGGUCUUCUUCACGGGAAUCUAUGGUAGUUUGUUUUGAUUUGGGGACUGAGAAGUUCAGCUUUGUGAAUCUCUCGCGAUUGAAACGAGCACUGCCUCAGUCAACAACCCUUGUAAACUACAAUGACAGAUUAGCUGUGGGUUCUUCGAGAUGCUGCAAAACAUGA